CUCGGUCUCUAUUCUGAUGUCUUGAGUUGGAUGCAUGAGUUGACAGUUUUGAGUAAGUGGUUGAGUUAAGUCUAGGUUGGUUGGUGAACAGAAGGGAGACUCUUCCUUUACUCGAUUUUGCUGCACUUGAAUGUCCUUUGUGGUGGUUGUCCGGGUUGCUAUUGAAGUUGGUCAGGUAUUGAUGUUUGAAAACUAGUACGAUCCACGUGUUCUGUGCCUUUAUGACUUGUCCCCAAUGUUGGUUGAUUGAAAUAUGUAAGCUUACCUUGUAUCUGACUUGGUUUGCUUGGGGACAAGCAAACGGUUAAGUGUGGGGGAGUUUGAUAGACCGUUAAUUACACAUGUUUUUACCCCUGUUCUUACACCGUUUGAGGUGUUGAUUCUCGUGUUUUAGGCCGAUUUCACGCUAGGUUGUGCUUGUUUGUGAUAUUUCAGGUCCUAGUACGUGAAUGGAGGCUUGGAAGCGAGUUUGGGGUCGAUUGGACGAAAAUCGGACGCGUGACGAGGUGCUAAGGAAGCUGCACGGGCAUUCCUGGACAUCACACGGCCGUGCAACUCACAUUUGUGGCUGUGUGGUUUUCGUCGAGAGCAAGCACGGGCAGGAUGGAAAUCCCGCACGGCCGUGCGACCCUGGCCGUGUGGGAAGCCUGAAGAUCGAACUAAUUGGAACACAGCGUUUUGACUCGCACGGGCAACUGGGUGAGCCACACGGCCGUGUGGCCUGCCCGUGCGAGUCGGGAAAUCUUGGUUUUUCAGCCAAUUUCGAGCCACAAGUGAGAAAAUCGGACUUUUUGAGCAAAAAUAGAGCCCUAGAGAGAGAAAGUACGAAGAACACAUCCUAGAAGCUAUCUUGGAGCUGGGUUUCAUCGAAUCGAGCUUGGAGAUCGUCUUAGGAGUGGAAAUCAUCAUCCCGGAGCAAAUUUUCCUCAUCUUUAUGAGUAUGACUACUCCGAUUACUGUUUUCCUCUCUCUCUCUCUAUGGAGUAGAACCCCUCUCUCACUUGGGGAUGAAGAACCCUAGUUCUAUGUGUUAGGGAUUGAUUGUAAUGACUUGGGAUGAUACUACUGUUUGAUUUUAAUCGAAUGAUGCAUGUGUAUUGAGUCAAUUGAAGUCUGAUCAACUUUUCCUGAUUCCCGCUGCAAUCUGAGAUAGAUAGAAUCUGAUUAGGUUGCUAGAGUCUCAUCAUUCGGUAGUAGGAGAUUGGCUAUACGAGAGUUAGCCAGUUUACUACUUUGUACUGGAAUCCAAUUCCAGUAGUGGAGUUCUGUUCUUACUGCUUCAGCUUUCUAUCUCGGUGAAGACUAGUCGUCUGCCGGGUAGUUAGACUGAGAGGGCUUGGUCAGCUUAAGAGAUUCCAAGCUACUGUCGGAUCUUCCGAGGUCUAAUCAAUAAUAAAUCAACCCAGGGUAAUUGCAAUUGAACCUAACUAAGGAGCUAGGGGGACUCAUUCCUGCUUGAGAAAACCGAAUAAUUUCCUGCUUUCUUGUUGCUUUUAGUUUAAACACAAAUCACUCGACUUAGUUGGUUAGAUAAUAAAUAAUCACGGAGUAAGCAGUAGAUCUAGACCCCGGGUUGAUAAUAGAACUUGCCUGUUACUGCAUUCCCGGACUGCGAUUACACUUGGUCGCAGUUUGGUGUUGUGUUUUGGCGUGUCAAUCUUAUUCCCUAGGUCCUCUCUUAGAACCCUUACUCCGAAAGCGAGGUGCAGAUUUAUUGAAGAAGAGGUCGUUUAGGAGGUUGAGGUGCCUCCCAUUUUGCAUAACGUAAGAAUUCGAAAGUAUGUAGUGUAGAAAAGUAAAUAUAAGCUACUGGAUGAGUGAGAGAUAAGAGAAGGAAGGCGUUGCAUAAGCAAGUUCUCCCUAGGUCUCCUAACCAUGGUUCUUGUCACUAUCAAGUCAUGUCUAGCCUGUCGUAAGAGAAUCCGCUUACCGCGCAUUCGAGGGCACGAUCUCCCAAGUUGUACGUGACUACGAGUCAUGUUGUACUAUCCUGGCACCCAUAUUGUUCUUGAACAAAGGUAUUUGUUCUAACGACAUAGGCGAGUAAACAUGCCAAUAUAUCUGGCUAGCCAAACUCACAUAAGCGCGUCAUUCUAUAAUCUUGGAUCAAAACCUCGAUAUAUGGCACAUACGAGCUGUCGAUUUUGUAUUUCGUUAGAUCUCACCUUGUGUCAAAGCACUCACUCAAACUAAUGGGUGACAAGGACACUUCGGAUUUCUCCUUUGAGGCGUCAGGUCGUUCGAUCAAAUGACGUUCCAUCGAUUAGGACGAUUAUUUCUAGUCUCAUCCUGAGUGGCUUGGAUUUGAUCCUUGCACCUCAAAGGAGUGCAAGGUCGAGUAAUCUCAUUCAAUCGACAAAUAACGAAAUAGAGAAAAUCAAACACUACAUAUAUGAAAUAAACACAAUUGUAUCAAACCAAACAUAGAGUCUACAUCAACGAGGACUUUGAGUCCAAAAUGGGGGGUGGGGUGUAAUGUAACACUUUAGACAAAUCCCUCAUAUACAAAACAUGAGAGAGAUUCAUGGUUCAUAAAGCACAAUCCAUCCUUAAAUAACUCACAAGACAUAUUUUGGAGUGAAAUUGAAGAGUUCUUGUAAAAAAUCUAAAUUUAAACAUGUUCAGUUUGGAGCAGUGUAAAGAUGAGUAUCCUCUUGGAAAGUUAUCAUGAUGCACCCUAAAAGUAAAACCGCAUAGGAUGG